AUGCACCGCAUCGGUCGAAUUAAAGAGAAUAAAAUAAAACCGGUCCUCAUUAGUUUUGCAAACAACUGGAAGAAAAGUGAGAUAAUAAAAAUGAAACGGAGCCUGAAAGACAGUUACAUCACUAAAGAUUUUUCUAAAGAGAUACUUGAAAAAAGAAGGGAAUUAAAGCCGAAACUAAUAGAAGAACGUGCGAAAGGAAACACUGCAUACAUUAAAUACGAUCAACUGAUAGUAAAAGAGGGGAACCCAAUCAAAGAAAAAAGGAAGAGAGACCAAUUAACUUCGCCGGAUAAUCAGAAUCAAGCCAAAAAGACAACAGUAACCAGCAGUUCAAUAAUAAAGGAAAAUAAGAAAAACGCAUUUGAUUUGAUGAGACCAAGGUAA